AAUUUGAGAGCUGUUCUCAAUUCUGAAUGGUCAACCGCAUAAUACCUUUGCGCAUGACUGCUGCUAACAAUGCCAAGAAUGUUAUGUUAGUUUACAAGCUACGAACGUUCGAAUAGUUGAACGAAAAAACCCGAACAUGGCUAAAGUUACAGAAGGAACUGCUAGAGCCGCAGCAAUUGUCGGAUUCUUCAUCUUCUUGUGCGGAAUUGCAAACUCUACUUGUGGAUUUGUGUGGCUUUCUUACGGUGGUUAUCAAGGACAUGGAUUAUGGUCGGGAAUACCGAUGUUGACUGUUGGUUUGCUGGGAUUUUUGUCUCUUAAAAGAAAUAAUACAGUGUUUGCGUUGUAUCUUUUUCUGGCCCUAAUGACGUGCAUUGCCGCCGGUAUUCAAGCAGUAACAGCAGGUCUAGAACUUGAUCACUGGAGCGACUUCUUGGGAGAACGAAAGUGUAGCAUUGAAGCAGGAGUUUGUAAAUGUCUUGGGCAGGAAGAUAUCCGUAUAAAAGACCUGGAUUCAUGUGACAAAAUUCCAUCCAUCAAUGAUAUUUUCAUCACUCUUAUCGUCUUCUCUAUUAUCGGAUCACUUCUGUGUCUGGGUGGCGCCAUCGCUGGUUGUGUUGGCCUGGCAACUGUUCCUAGAUCGUCCCCAAGUACGUUGCCAAGACCAAAACGUCCAGCAAAGAAGCCGAUAACAGGGAUUGAGGUUUCUUACCAACAAAAUAAUUACCCUUCAAAUAAUUACCCCCCACGCACCGAGUCCGCGUAUCCAACAGAACAGAUUCAAAUAGCUGAUCCAAAAGGAAAAGAUCAUUACGACAGUGGCUAUAAACAAGACUAUUAUAAGAGGUCAAACGAUGUGGACAUUAGAUAUGGUGAUUAUGACAGAGAUCGCGAAAUCGACAAAUUUCCCAGAGACAUGGACCACAGUGACCGAGAUUACAAGGAUAACUACUCUGACCGCGAUAGUUAUGACAGGCAUUAUGAUGACAGGGAUUAUGAUAGGUAUUCCGAUAGGGAUCACUACAGAGGCGAAUACGAUAGAGAUUAUGAUUAUGAUUACGACCGAAGAUCGUACGAGUAUCGAAGAACACCCCCACCAGAUGACAAGACAUACCUCUAACUCCAUCUUAUCCGGCAUCAUGGCUCCAUUCUUACGCUAUAAGGUUACAUCCGUGUCCUUUCUUGAAUGAACUCUCUCUUUUAGCCGCAUAACUGGUUAUACAGGUCUAUCUUAUCCAGUUUUUUAUCCAUCCAUUCCGCAUAAUUCCUGGAAUGGAGGUGUUGCCAUCAAGGAAAUCGCCGGUACGCUGUCUUUAUCUGGACAACGUUGCCUCGCGAUUUCAAGGCAAAAAAAAAUUAAAUGAACAAUGUAAGUUUUAAGUUUAAAUCAACACCGUCUUUUCCCAUAGAAAUAGUUUGCAUCAUUUUAAAUUAAAUUUUACAUCAUGUACGUUUAGCUCAGAUACCACUUCCAUUGUUUAUAACACAGGAAAGGGAGUGUGGUCAGGGUUUUUAAAAAGUUACAUAAAACCGUAAGGCAAAAACCGCCAUUUUCCCACCAAAGAACUGAAUCUUCACAAAUUUUAAAUCAAGUUUUACUCGUUUAGCUAGACUGAUUACCCAAUGUUCGUGCUACAGGAAAGAAAGUAGUGAAUCAGUUGGGAAAAUAAAAUGGCAAAAAAAAA